AAUCAUAAGGACUCUGUCUGAUUGCAUAAGAUACCUACCCAGCCAUCUGCUUGCGUUUGUUUUAAACAUUUUGUUCGGUUAAUGUUAUUAUUUUUUAAACUACACUGAUAUGAUCUAAACAGCGCGUGUCACUGUUGUGCUGUGUGGAGCACCGAUCAGCCACAGAUUGUCAUAAUGCUGGCCCGCAAAGGCCUUUUGGCUGAUGGUUUCCUGUUGACACGACUCGCUGAAGAUGCCGCACAACCCAGUCGCAUCCGGCCAAAGUCACAGAGGGCACGUUUCAUCACCAAGAGCGGGUCGUGUAAUGUUGCCCACAAGAAUAUACGAGAACAGGGCCGGUUUCUCCAAGAUGUUUUCACCACCAUGGUGGACCUGAAAUGGCAGCAUUCCCUGCUCAUCUUCACUUCGGCGUUCCUGUGCUCCUGGAUGCUCUUUGCCAUGGUGUGGUGGCUUUUAGCAUUCGCUCACGGCGAUCUGGAGCCUCGAGAUCCCAACGAGCCUGGACCUGUGCCUUGUGUGACUUCCAUUCACUCCUUCACAUCUGCUUUUCUGUUCUCCAUUGAGGUGCAGGUGACUAUUGGUUUCGGAGGACGAAUGGUGACGGAGGAAUGUCCACUGGCCAUCAUAGUCCUCAUUAUCCAGAACAUUCUGGGCCUGAUCAUCAACGCCAUCAUGCUGGGCUGUGUGUUCAUGAAGACAGCUCAAGCCAACCGGAGAGCAGAGACCCUCAUCUUCUCCCGUAACGCAGUCAUUGCUCCGAGGAACGGCCGACCAACUUUCAUGUUCCGUGUUGGGGAUCUGAGGAAGAGCAUGAUCAUCUCAGCCACAAUACAGCUGCAGGUGAUUCGGCGGACAGUAACUGCGGAGGGUGAGGUGAUUCCUGUCUGUCAGCUCGAUAUCCAGGUGGAAAAUCCUCUCAGGAGCAACGGCAUAUUCCUCGUCUCUCCACUUAUAAUCAGUCACACCAUUGACAGAGGAAGCCCACUGUACGAGGUCUCAGCGCAGUCACUGGCUACCGAAGACCUGGAGAUCAUUGUCAUCUUGGAAGGUGUUGUGGAGACCACCGGCAUCACCAUGCAGGCCCGCACAUCCUACACACCAGAGGAGAUCUUUUGGGGUCGGCGUUUCGUCUCCAUUAUGACGGAGGAGGAUGGGCGCUACUCAAUCGACUACUCCAAAUUUGGAAACACCGUUCCCGUCCGGAUGGCGGCGCUCAGCGCUAAGGAGCUGGACCAGACCAGGGGCGUGCAGGACAGCGGACCCCAUGAGGGUAAACCUCAGGGCUGGGGGCUGGUGAGGGCGGGACGGGGCGGGUACAGGAGGGGCGGCGGCCGGGCCUGCGAUGACACAGCAGUCAAGCCUUGGUACGUGCCAGCGGAGAAGGAGGAGGAGAAGAAGGGGCAAAAGAAAAGGGUGAAACUUGAGGAAAUAGGCAGAGAGAUUGAAGAAGAAGCAGUGGAGGACAUGAGCGAUUAGAACAAAAACAUUUAUUUGGUUUUGCAGGUAUGGAAGUAGAAAUAACCUAGAAGUUAUUGGUAACUAGUUCACUUAAAGUUAUAGUUCAACUAAAAAUGAAAAUUCUGUCAUCAUUUACUCAACCUCAUGGUGUUCCAAACUCAUAAGACUUAUAUAUAUUCACAAAACUUAAACCGUUUGAUUCUUAUGGAUUUGAUUUGCAGCAUCUUUAUAACCUUUUUGGAUCUUCUAAGUUUUGGUUACCUGGACAGAAAUCUUUCAAGUUUUAUUCAGAAUAAUGACCAAAGUCUUUGGAACAACAUCAUGGUGAGGAAAUCAUUACACAAUUUACUUUUUUUUUUUUUUUUUGGAGAACUAUCCCUUUAAUAUUCAAGAAUAUUAUUAAUAAUAGUCUCAGAUAUGUUUUAUACUAAACAUGUUUUGUAAAUCUAAAACAUGGACAACUGUAGCAUUGAUAACAAAUACCUCUGAGAAUUUCUUGUCCUUUCCUGCAAGCAAUAUAAUGAAUUUUAGGAUUGUUUUAAACAGAGAAAUGAGGUCUCUUGACAGCACUAGUCAAGAUACGGAGUGUAAUUAGGUGAAGAUGCCAUUCAAUGAGAAUAAAAAGCAGGCUGUGGGGGAUAGAAGUAGAGUCAACAGAAUCAACUUUCAUGUUGUGAAAUUAAACAUGACCAAAAAACCUUAACUCUGCACAAACUGUUUAACAGACUCUUUCUACCAGCCACAGAGUAGUUUUUUUUUUUCUUCAAAUUAAAUAUGGCAUAUACCUCAAUUAAAAUGUAAUACUGCUGCUGUUAAAGCAAACAUGUGGCAGCUGUAUAUGUUUGUACAGUAUGAUGGGUUUUUACACAAUAAGCCCUUUUAAUAAUAUUCCAGUUCAUUGCCUUUUUGUGUUCUUAUCUUGUUUUAUGAGAUGUGAUGUGUUUACGUUACUUUUUUAAGUGAUAGUACAACCAAAAAUUACAAUUUGGUCUUCAUUUACUAACCCUCAUGUCAUUCCAAACCUGUCUGACUUUUAUUCUUCUGCUGAAUGUAAAAGAAGAUAUUUUGAAGAAUGUUGGUAAAUAAACAGUUUUGGUUCCCAUUGACUUCCAUUGUACAAAUAGAAAAUACAGUAGAGGUCAAUAUGAAAUAAAACAGUUUGGUGUCAUUUACUCACCCUCAUGCCAUUCCAAAUCAGUAUGGUUUUUUUUCUUUGUGGAAUAAAAAAAAAACAAAACAAAAAAAAAAACAGUUUUGGUUCCCAUUGACAUAUUGGUAGCACUUUAUUUUACAGUCCUGUUCCUCAUGUACAUACUAUGUACUUAUUAUAGUAAUUACAAUAACUAUGUAAUAACUAGGUACUAACCCUAAACCUACCCCUAAACCUAACCCUACCCCAUGUAGUUACCUUGAGUUACCAGAACUUUCUUAGAUAAAUACACUGCAAGUACACUAUCAGUACAUGUUAGUACACAUACUGUAAAAUAAAGUGCAACCGGCAUAUUUUAUGCAUACAAUGGAGGCCAAUGAAAACCAAAACCAUUUUGUCACCAACAUUCUUCAAAAUAUCUUCCACAUUCAGAAAGAAAGUCAUACUUUUGGAAUUACAUAAGGGUGAGUAAAUGAUGGCAAAAUUAUAAUUUUGGGGUGGACUAUCAUUUUAAUGUGGCUAUCAUAGUUGUUUAGUUUGUAAGUGUUGACAUAUCGUUUACAUUGUGUGGGUUUGUGCAAUAGUAUUGUGUACUAGAGGACCUCUUACAUACAUACCUUCAUGUUUGUGUCCUAUUUAAAUUAAAAAUUAGGGAAUACAUUCCAUGUUGAUUUAACAGUUUACAUAUCAGUGAGUUUUUGUAUUUUGUGUAUUUCACAUAUUUAAUAAAGCAUAUGGCAUUUUAUAUAUCUGA